CUGACGGCUGCGGGCGGUGGCCCUAAGGCGGCGGCUUCGGGGUAGGGUCCCGGCCCGGAGUGGCGAUGCUGCAGCUGCGGGACUCGGUGGACUCCGCGGGCACGAGCCCCACGGCCCUGCUGGCGGCCGGCGAGGACGUGGGGCCGGGCAGCGCGGGCGGGGCCCGGGCAGGGGUGGGCACGCCACUGCGCCAGACGCUGUGGCCGCUCAGCGUCCACGACCCCACGCGCCGCGCCCGCGUCAAGGAGUACUUCGUGUUCCGGCCCGGCACCAUCGAGCAGGCCGUGGAAGAGAUCCGCGCCAUUUUCCGGCCCGUGGAGGACGGCGAGAUCCAGGGGGUGUGGCUGCUGACCGAGGUGGACCACUGGAACAACGAAAAAGAGCGUCUGGUGUUGGUCACUGACCAGUCGUUGCUCAUCUGUAAGUACGACUUCAUCAGCCUUCAGUGCCAGCAGGUGGUCAGGGUGGCACUCAGUGCAGUGGACACCAUCUCCCACGGAGAGUUCCAGUUUCCCCCCAAAUCUCUCAACAAGCGAGAAGGCUUUGGGAUUCGCAUCCAGUGGGACAAGCAGAGUCGUCCUUCUUUCAUAAACAGAUGGAACCCCUGGUCCACGAACGUGCCCUACGCCACUUUCAUAGAGCACCCAAUGGCUGGUGUGGAUGAAAAGACGGCUUCCCUGUGCCAGAUCACUCUUUUGUUGCUUGAAGCUCCCUGUUUUUUUCUCUUUGAAGUUGGAAAGCUUCAAGGCUCUGUUAAUCCAAGCUGUCAAAAAAGCCCAGAAAGAGAGUCCUCUGUCAGGACAAGCAAGCGGUGUGCUGGUCUUGGAGCGGCCCCUGCUCAUCGAGACCUACGUGGGAUUGAUGUCCUUCAUCAACAACGAGGCCAAGCUGGGUUAUUCCAUGACCAGAGCUCUGUCAUGGCUUUACGCUUGCUGGCACGGAUGCGACCGGGACACGUGGCCUGUCCAGUGGAAGGCUGUCUCAAAGCACCCAGGUCUUCAGCCUGCACUUGCAGUCUUGUAGUAAAGAUGUUUAGAACCAAAUGGAUGUUGCUGUUUUUUGAGGUUAUUGUCAUUAAAAUUAGUGCCCAGCCAGGGGAGCAGCUCCCCAGUGAGUCUCCAGCCUCAGCUUUGAAGGUCUGUCUGCGGGCUCUGCAGGAGCAGGAACAGGAUCCUGCCUGGCACGUCUCCAUGAAGAGACACAGUGCGGGCAGCUGGGCAGCCUUCCCAGCGCCCCUGGUGCUCCAGCCGCUGCCUGCCAGCUAUCAUCCCCUUGAGGGGGACCCAGGAGAGCCCUGCCCUCAGGUGCUUGUCCCCCUCACUCCAGAGUACACCCUACCACAGAGGGCAGGCACACCCAUGCCCUCCUGAAACCACCAGUGACUGAAAAGAACCCAAAGUAGCCAUGGCAGUGGGGUGGGCUCUGCAGCACAGCGUCCUUCACGUCCUGAGAUUGACUAGCAGCUCGGCCUAACCUGGAAAACCUGCCGUGAUGGCACUUCAAGGAAAUAAGCAUCAAUGUUUUAUAAAUUAGCAAAUAUUUAUUUUAAAUAAUGAAAAUUACAGCUUUAUACCACACAUAUUUACAAAACCCCCUUGCUACAGAAAAUCAGAGUCAAGUCACUGAGCCAGCACAUCACAGCCGGAAAGCUCCCAGGGGAACCUCUUCCUUCCCAGAUCGGGGACAUGGAGUCCCUGCUGAGGGUUCCACCAGGGCCUACGCAUGGCUGUCCCGUUGUUCCAAAGCUGUGUGGACCCCCUCUUCAGUGUCCAGGAAACAGAGACAGAAGUGAUCCUUACUGAGGAGGGCCAAGGAGUCCCCACUUGAAUGCCAGCACAGAGAAAGCACCGGAAAGUCACCUAGAGACAGAAAAGGGUAGCCAGAGGAUUAGAGCAGAGAGAUGAGGAUCCCUGGGGAAGGCAGCCUGUACCCCACGGGCAAACAGAAGGGACCUGGGUGCCCCAGAUGGGUGAAGCCAGGCAGAGCUCAAAGCCACCAUCCACCCUAUGAAGCUUAGGUUGGUGGGUCCUGCCAGGUGUGCACACUGGGCACAGGCCUUGAAGUUUCCUGGAAGACGUGGAGGAGCUCCCCCGCACAGCAGAGGGCCUGGCAGCUGCCCCAGAGGCUGCAGCUCCACGCCCACCGGAUGCACUCACCCUCCCCAGGCACCUGCACCGACACGCAGCCCGCCGGGGACCACAGGUAGACCUUGCUGCCGCCUGUGCAGAUGGCCAGCCGAGGCUGCUGUGGGUCCCACAGGAAAGAGCGCACGGGGGCCAGCUGCUCCAGCACCACGAGGAGCCUGAGCUUCUGGAUGUCCCAGACCCAGACGGUGUUGGGGACAUUGUCUGCGAAGGAAGAAAUGACAGGGCAUCAUGUCAUCUGUGCUCUGCUGACCCUAGGUAGCCUGGCCCCUCUGCAAGCAAGCCCUGGAGAGGUCAGUGUUCCUGAGCCUGCUUCAGAGGACCAGGGUUCCAGAGCAAAGCGCAGGCUUCAAAGACCACCCACCAGUGUUGUUCUUUGGCUUUGUUGUAAGAGCUGCCAUCAUUAAU